GUUAAGUUCUCUCUUGGUCACAAUUUGUAACCAAUUAAUGAAUAAAAAUUUAUUUAAAAGGCAAUUAGGCCAAUUCACUGUACUGUUUUCGCUCUACUCCCCAUUCUCUCUUUCAGUGAAGUUUCAAACAAUCUGAAAAUGUAGUUCAUUUAAUAUCUACUUUUUUUCAGACACCAACAGUAGGCUAUUUUCAUAUUCUCGUUUUUGAACUGGAACUAGCUUGUAGCGGUGGCUCAUUCGGAAGAAUGUCGUUAAAACGAGACCAAUAUAAUUUACAGCUGAAAAGACUCCCUGCAUUAGUCUCAGUUGCAAGCUAGUUCGAGUCCAAUACCGAGAAUACGAAACUGGUCAGUAACGAAUCGCUAGGACGGCGUCAUGACCCCAACCAGGGCUAGAACCCAGUCCGCUUGAUUCAACUGAAUCCAGCGCGCUAAUCGUUAGGUAGCCACGCUCCCUAUCGAAUACAGAACCCAUGAUAUCAUUUUGCCGUACAAACAGUGAGGAGACAAAUAUCAUAAAGUAGCGAUAAUAAUAAGCCCUUUAAAAAUGUCCUCACCCCGCCUAAGAAAAUCAAAGAAAAUCUCAGACAUAAGAAUCUCUCCGAACAUACGUCCCUCAAUGUGCGGACAGAGUAUUUAUAUUUUACUCUCUCAUGCUAUUUAAUUACUGUAGAAUUUGUUUUGUGUUCCACAUCGUUGCGUUGACAGAGUUUAACCAUGCAGAUCUUAUGUAGUCUCGUCUAGUCCAGUCUACCGUUUAGUUAAGCGUUUUUAGAAAACAAACAAACAAACAAGUAGGCAAACGGAUUAAAAAAAAUAAUCAACAGCUCGUUUAAUUUACAAUCUUUUUGCAGAAACCGUAAACUAUACAAAUGACUUGAGCGCGUCUGUAUAUGUGUGUUAGGCCAAGCAAAGCACAAACCUUUAGCGCAAGAUGUCCAAAGUGGGUGUGCUUUGAACAGAAAAGGUUUUCGUCGCACGCUUCAGUGCAGUCUUUCUGGUCCACGUCGCAUGUUUUCAAAAGAUUCAAGGGCAAAACCAGUGCUGGUACCCAAAUUCGCUUUUCAUUUAUGUAGCGAGGAAAGUUAUCUUCAACGGCUUUAACCAUGUCGGAUUUUGUUGUCCUUUUUAUGUCAGGUAAAAACUCCAGGAAUUAUGAAUGAUAUCGAUUUCCGUCGUUCCGGUUCGCCAAGCGAGGAAACUUUUGACGUGGUCAAUUAUCAGUCUGGUGAAGGGUGGAUAAAGGUGGGAGAACACAACAGGCACACAACGGGUUUGACUAUGGACAGAAAAAGACCGGUGGUGUGGCUUGAUGGUGAACUGGAUGUCCCAAAACUGGCUAGUGUUGAACUCAAGUAUAGGAAGAUCAAAGUUCUGAUUGCGCUGAGUCCACCGUUUGUAAUGAAGAAAGACAACUUCACAGACACGGAUUCUGGUCCUGAUUACGAGGGAUUCUGCAUCGAUCUGCUUAAUGAGCUGCGGAAGAAACUGCAGUUUGAAUAUGAACUGGAGCUGAAGGAGAACUUUGGAAACAAGCAAGCUGAUGGAACAUGGGAUGGGAUAAUUGGAGAACUAACAAGAAAGGUAAAGCUGAAUGCACUCUGA